CUCUCUCUCUCUCUCUCAUCUGAGCAGCCCCUUUAAAACCUUUCCUUACCCAACCAUGGCAGGCUCCCCAAUCUGGGCGAACAUACUGAUUCUCCUGUGUUUUCUAUCUUCCACAUUAGGGUUUGAAAAGGAAGAGGAGGUCGGUGAAUCUUUAGCCUUCAAUGAGGAGAUCCUCCUGCAGGAUUCUGAGACUGAACCAUGGAACCACAACCAGAACAAGCCCGCUCCCUUCCACCGAUCUAACACAGAUGCUUGGAGGUUGCCUGGCCAGUACAUAGUAGUACUGAAUGAAAAAGCUCAUAAAUCCCAGAUGGAACGGACAGUACACAGACUCCAAACUAAAGCAGCCAAACAUGGCUAUAUGACAGAACUUGUUCUUGUUUUCCAUGAGGUCUUCAGGGGCUUUGUCAUCAAAAUGAGCAGCGAUGUGUUAAACAUGGCACUGAGAUUGCCUCAUAUCAAAUAUAUUGAAGAGGACUCUUCCUUGUUUGCUCAGACAAUUCCCUGGAAUCUAAAUCGGAUUGUUCCUUCAGAGCAGAGAAUGGAACAGUAUAUCCUUCCAAAUUAUGGUGAUCUGGUGGAAGUGUACUUACUUGAUACUGGUGUGCAGAGCAACCAUCGAGAGAUUGAAGGGAAAGUCUUCAUUACAGAGUUUGAGAAUGUCCCAGAGGAAGAUGGCACUCGAUUCUACCGCCAGGUUAAUAAGUGUGAUAGCCAUGGAACACACACUGCAGGAAUAGUGAGUGGGCGUGACUCUGGCGUAGCAAAAGGAGCAAAUAUCCGUAGUGUGAAAAUUCUCAAUUGUCAGGGUAGGGGGACAGUAAGUGGAGCGCUGGCUGGUUUGGAGUACAUCAGGAACACUCUGAUUCUCCAGCCUUACCAACCUUUGAUUGUGCUGUUGCCAUUCGCUGGGGGAUUUAGUCCAACCUUGAAUGCUGCGUGUAGACUGUUGGCACGGACGGGAGUAGCAUUAAUUGCAGCUGCUGGGAAUUACAAGGAUGACGCUUGCUUGUAUUCCCCUGCUUCUGAACCAGAGGUAAUUACCGUUGGUGCCACAAACUAUAAUGACCAGCCAACCACCACUGGUAACAUGGGAACUAAUUUUGGUCGUUGUGUUGACCUUUUUGCCCCUGGCGAUGACAUCAUUAGUGCUUCCAGUGACUGUGUGACCUGUUUCACCUCCAAGAGUGGAACAUCACAGGCGGCAGCUCAUGUGACAGGCGUUGCAGCAAUGUUAAUGAAUGCUGACCCCAAUAUAACUGUGUCUGAAUUACGCCAGAGACUAAUUCAUUAUUCAACAAAGAAUGCAAUCAAUGAUGUGUGGUUUCCAGAGGAACAACGACUCCUCACACCCAACAGAAUUGCACGAUUGGCUUCUCCUGAGCUAACAGGCGAUCAGCUGCUCUGCCGGACAGUAUGGUCGAAGAGGUCAGGGCUUGCACACUCAGCUAAAGCUGUAGUGCUUUGCAGUGAGAAUGAGGAAAUGUUCAGCUGCUCAAGUUUUUCGAAGAACGGUAAAAGGAGGGGUGAACAUGUACAGGAAACCCAGGGGAUGAGGAAAUGUAUAGCUCAUAAUGCCUUUGGCAGUCAAGGAGUUUACGCAAUCGCUAGGUGCUGCAUCUGGCCAAGAGCUGAAUGUCUUGUUAAUACCAGUUCUGUAGCUGAUGGCGCUAUACAAAUGGCAGGCUGCCUACAUAAGGACUAUGUCCUCACUGGCUGCAGCUCACACUCCCAUACGAAGUAUAGUGAUACAGCAAUACCUCAGACAAACCAGCAAUGUACAGGACAAACUGGGAUGACCUCACAUGCUACGUGUUGCCAAGCACCAAGUCUCGAGUGUGAGGUGAAGGAACAGAGAUCCACAGGCUUUCCAGAGGUGAUGGUAUCAUGCGAUGAAGGCUGGACACUGACUGGGUGCAAUGCAUAUUCCCAUGGCUCUCACACUCAUGGAGCGUACGCUGUGGACAGCACCUGUAUAGUAACCUGUUCAGGAAAAGGGAAAGGUGCUGCAGCUAUCGCCAUUUGCUGCCGCAAACGAAGAAGAGAAUUGAAGCAUGACACCCACCUUAAUUAUAAGUAACAUUCCCAGCUGUCCCUUCCUCACAUUUUCCUUCCUCCUUUCCUGCAGGCACAAACCCUUGCUGAGAUGCCAUUCACUGUCCUGAGAAAGGGCAGCCCUCUAUUACUUUGCUCAAGUAACCAAUCUUGCUACUUGUUAGAUUAGGUGGCAAGUGUUGGUGAGCUCUCUAUGUGGACAGUUGAGUUUAAUCUUAACCUGUUUUUGACAUUUAUAUACUGCAUAGUAUCAUUCAAUGAAUAACAAUCGAAUGUAAGAAACUAACCACUCUCCAUCCAACACCCUUACCCCCUGCCUCACUCACUCUGUAGAAAGCCACAAUGUUAGAAGACAAUCUGUUUGAUUCAACUUUUAGUUUGGGCACUUUUUUUUUGUUCAAUGCUCCGAAAACAUGACUGCCUGGAAAUCACUUUGUAAAGAGAAAAUGUGAAUAGUGGUGUAAUCUAUGACAGGUCAGUAAGCAUAGUGAUCCUGCUCAUCGUAAUUAUUUUUCAGAAGAGAAAUGAACCUUCAUACUUUGAACUUUAACGAAUAUUGAACUGAGGAAAAUGCGGCGUGUCAUUCCAGUACUUGAAGAAUUUGUGAACCCACCAUCCACCUUAACUGUGGGUGUAAAAAUAUUUUUUUUGUAUCUAUUUCCAUUCAAAAUCACCUACUGCAGCUAGCAGUACAAGAUAAUCUCUGCCUAAAGGGGUCGGAUUAGAACAAGCAUCACAUAUGGUGGUGUUUAGACUUUGAGAAAUUAAUGGAAGAACAGUGGAAGUGAAGAAUGAAAUUAUUCUAUAGUCUUAGCAAUAUCUUCUUGAUUUGAAUAAUUAUCAAUUAAAAUAAUGGGUAUUGGAUAGGUAAAAGUAAGCUUUAUAUUGACAAUUUUCAGUUCGUAUAAAGCAUUAUCAAAACUGUGGCAGUUUCCCUCAUACUACCACUUGUAACAGUUUUAAUUGAACUAUUAAGUCUUAGUUGAGACUCUUAAGAAAGGUAGAGAUGGGUAGUACAAUGAUUUUGCACCUCAAACUAUUUGUAAUGAAAUGAAAAGAAGCGUGAUUUCUGGUGAAACUUAGAAAAAGCAGAGUGAUAGACAAGAGAAUUUGAUAUUUUCCCAUGUCAUUGGAAGAAUCAAGAUUAGACACUGGAAUGUUCUCAGUUUUUUUUAAACUGAGGUUUUAGUGAGCAUUUCUGGUAGGGAAACAAAAUACCAGAAAUCUUUCACUCCACAACAGUGAAAACUCCAAAUUCAUUGCUUCUAUUAAACUUUAAUUUUUCAAGGAUUUAUUUCCCUCCUUAAUUACAAAUGAUUAUCCAUUACUAAAGGAGCAAACCAACCAUCUGCACGGAGAAAUGUUUGGAAAAGGUACUUGUUGUUAGAAUUUGACCAUUUAUACUAUUUGAAGCACCCAGCACCACUGCAGUUGUGCAUGAUAGUGAGGUACUUCUAGGUUUCUUACUGCUCAGCCAUUGGGUUAUAUGAAAUAUUACAGGUUUAGGAAGAGAGUAUGAAUGCCAAUGUCAUACUGUUUCCCUAGCUCAGCAAAGCCAAAGAACGCAUCUGGACAAACAGCCUCACAUCCAGAUUUUAAAUAACUAUUAUCACUCUCCAGGGUUGGGAUUAUGAGCAGAAAGAUUCCAAUUUUGAUCCCUUGUCAGCCAAUCUUAGCAAGAGUUGAAAUUUGGACAGUGUAAUUUGUUCCAGUGUCAUUGGACAAAAGAGGAAAAUACAACAGUGAGAAGUUCUUGUUGGAAGAACAUCUAAGUGUUCUAAGAUGUUUCGGCUGAGCAUAAUGAGCUGUGUGUUAAAUUACUCUGUUCACUGUAUAUUCAUGCAGGAAAAACAGCAGCUGGGAGAACAUAGCGAAAGGUUAUCAGCAAUUCAGAACUGUAUUCCACCUCAGCCUGGUUCAUUGCAGAGAGAUCAAAUACACAGAGAAAAAAAAAUCACCCUAAACCAACACCAGUGACUGCAAGUUUCUGGAAUAGCUGCAUGAGCAAAGGUUGUUUCUUUUUAAAAAAAUUAGUUCAUUCACAGGAUCACAUCACUGAGCAUCAGAAUAUUCCAUUGUUCCACCAGAUUCCAUUUGCUCUAAACAUUUGUAAAUACUUUUGAGGUUGUGUGAUUACACUCUACAUUUUUGUACUGAUUUUUAUAUGCUUGACACAUUUAUUAAUAAAAAAAAUCUAAAAUUC